AUGAAUGGGGUGAAAGACGAUGCGAUAAGAUUGAGGCUUUUCCCAUUCUCACUGAGGGAUAGAUCCAAGAGUUGGUUGAACUCUUUGCAGACCAACUCUAUUACUACUUGGCAAGAUUUCGCUGAAAAGUUCCUGGCUAAGUUCUUUCCCCCAUCCAAGGCUGCGAAGUUGAGGGGUGAAAUUAAUAAUUUUUAUCAGCUAGAUGGAGAAUCUCUUUAUGAUGCGUGGAAAAGAUUCAAGGAGCUACAAAGGAAAUGUCCCCACCAUGGGAUUGAGAAGUUGAUGUUAGUCCAUAAUUUUUACAAUGGGUUGUGUGGUACUACGCGUGCGAUUAUUGAUGCUGCAUCUGGUGGGGCAUUUAUGAGCAAGAGUGAUACUGAAGCACAUGAGUUUCUAGAGGAUAUGGCGAUGAAUAAUCACCAGUGGUCUGAUAAGAGAGCCACCAAUAACAGAAAAGGGGUUGGGGUUCAUGAGCUUGAUGCUAUCACUACUUUGACUACUCAAGUGGCUUCAUUAAGUAAGCAGUUGCAACAAACCACUGUCUCAGCCAAUGCUAUUCAGAUGCACAUUGGGUGUGAAAUUUGUGGGGGUCCACAUCCUUUUGAUCAGUGCACAGCAGUUGGCCCUCAGAAUAAUGUUCCUAUGGACCAAGCUCAGAUCAUCUAUUCAGAAUCUAGAAAUGCAAGUGGGUCAAUUGGAAAAUCUGCUACAAAGCACACCUCAAUAAAUUUGCUAAGUAAUACUGAGGUGAAUCCUAAGGAGCAGUGCAAUGCGAUCUCCUUGAGGGGUGGUAAGGAGUUGGAAGAGUCAGUUGAGAAGUCUGCUAGUCUUUCACCAAAAAUGGUUUCUGAGAAAGAGGGUAAGGUAGAAGAAAAGGUUACUGAGAACCUUGAGAAGAACAAGUCACCAAAAAGGAAGUUGGAGGAAUACGAGACAAUUGCGCUUACUGAGGAGUGCAGUGCAAUAUUGCAAAAGAAAUUACCGCCAAAGCUUAAAGAUCCUGCAACUGAAAUUCCAACUUGUUGUAGAGUGGAUGUGAUAACAGAAGGUGCUAGUAAGGUCGAAGUUACCAAGAGAAAGGCCAUUGCUCAAGUUGGUAGUCGAACAGUGCAUCAUCGUUUGAAAAGGUUCGUUAGUGGGAAAGCUCAACUGUUACAUGAGUGGUGGAAAGUCCCACCAAUUUAUAAUAACAAGAAACGAGGGUCUACUCAUGACACUAUGGCUCUCAAGGAUGUGAGGGAUUGA